AUGGGACGUUCGACAGGCACCCGCUGCCCUGUCAGAUACAUCCUGAGAAACUCUCCCACUCGUGCUUAUUGGACAGUGGGAGGUACGGAGUGUCAAACAAGAGAAGACGUCCGGAAAAAGGUCAGCGAUUACAUGAUGCAAUUGGGCAACAAAUUCGAUCACAAGCCUUUGAAUGUGGAGAUCUUUGAACCUGCUAGGAUCGACAUGGACAUCACAGAUCUGCCCGGUCUGAAAGACAAAAAGGAGCCGGAUGCGAAGGAAAUCCGUGCCAUUACAGAGUCCUACUUGAACAGUGAUGACGUGUUUCCUGUGGUUCUCUGCAAGGCCGAGAAAAACCAUGAGACACAGCUCGAUUUGGAUUCACUGAGUGAGCUGGGGCUCGAUUCGAAAAAAGCCCUUAUAGUGGCCAACUAUUUCAACAAGCAAAUCGGGGACUUUUCGAAGGUGUCAGAUCUGAACACUUACUGCGAAGGAUACCAAGGAAAGUAUCCGCAGAUUCGCUUUGUGAUGUUGCACCCCCAUGAUAGCAUCAACAAGGAAGGGAUGAGUUUCCAGGAGCUGUCGGACUACUAUGAGAAGCUGCCAGAGAAUGAGAAGCAAGCCUUGGAUAAUCAUGUCAAACGCAUGGAGGUAGAUGCAACGCCAAAGCCUUCCGUGAGAAAGAACAUGGGCGUCAACUCGGCUUUCGAGUUCAUGCACACUCAGCUACACCGUUGGAUGCAAGACAAUCGCGAUAGAAUCAGACGUGCAUUGCAGGAAAGGCUGACCCGGAAAAAGGACGAGAUGGCUGCUCUUGAAGCAGCUCUUGGUGAAGACGAAGAUGUGAAGAGACUGUGGCGAUACUACAUUCUUGACUUUCAGCGGGUGCUCUCCUCCAUCUAUGAGGCUAAGCAGAUUCAUGUUAGAGAUGUGCACGACACCUCACGCUACGGAAAGGGCAAGGAUUGGGCAUUUACGACCGACGAUCUCGAGGUAGGCCGAACUUUCCAAGAAGUGGAGCAGUUGAUUCCGGAUGGUGACAGGAAGGCUUGGACGAUGGAUUAUGAGGCGCUUGAGGAGCAGCUGCAGGGCACACAUACUGGUCGGACGCUACAGUGGCGCUUGGCUGCACAUGCAGGCUUCACCAGACUGUUGAACGUCGUCGGCUACAUGAUCAUGCGUCAUGGCUUGAGGCCUCUCUCGCUGUCGGAAAUGUAUAGCAAGAAUGCCCAUGACAAUUCCGGCCUGACCCACACUUUUAACAAGCACACAGUGUUGAAGCAGCUGGUCGUAGAGAAGAUGUUCGAUUUGCAGAAUCUUAUGCAAGCGGCACUUUCGCAUGUGGAAGCCUUGUACAAGGCCGUUUCCUCAGUUGCUGAACGCGUAGACUGCAUUGACAAGUCUCAUUUGUUUGGUGAAUUUGGUGAUCAAGUUUGGAUGUGGUACAUGGCAGUCGUGUGUGUCUGGGAACUUCCCAUGAUCGACAGUCGAGCUCUGUUAGUAUCAUGUCUUGAUGCGGAUGAGUCUCGGGGGUUCACUGACUACACUGCUGCAGCCAAGUGUUUUUUGAAUAUGACACUUACGCCUUGGUUUCCCAUUCGGAACCUUUCUGAGGCGCCAGUGGAAGCAGUCCAGGAGAUUGUGCAACGAUCCCAUCCGUCAGUGAAGUCUCACCACGCUUUCCGUGCCAGAUUGUCAGAGGUAUUCGGACAGUUGCUCGUUGACAAGCUGGAAACGGCUAAAGAGGUGCUACACCACCUGAUAGAGCAGAAGACCACUUUCUUUGGUGUGGAUCUCACCACACGUCUGAUUGCAUUGGUGGCGCUGGCACCUUUGCGUCAGGACAUCUUCCAGGAAAAGCCAUCUGUUUUCGAAAACGAGAUUCAGAUGGAGAACGACGAGAAGGGGUCUGGAGAGUCUGCUUCGACGACUGCUUCGAGCAACUCCCAAAAGAACCUUCAUCAGACUCGAGACGUUUCUUAUCGGCCCUCCACCUCAACUUCAGAUUCAGCUGUGCCUGCCCGGUACCACCCACGCCGAGAGGCCGUGCUGUCGGUCAAAAGGGCGCUCCACAAGACCCGGAGCAAAUUCUGCACCAUUGACUUCAUAGAAGGCGGGCAUCAAGAUCUGGCCCCUGAGGAAUACACGACCAUAGAUGAGAAGGAGUUCAACAAAGACGGAGAGCAGUACUUUCGCGUGCUAAAGGGUCUCCUCGUGUUGGAGGUGGAGAGUACCCUCCACACCCACUUGUUCGCCUUCUUGAAGUCCGACCUUGCAACAUCAGUAGGAGAGCAAAUGUUGAAGGUGGUGGAUGGCCUGAAAGACGACGAAGUGAAGGAGUUGAAAGGUGACGACGAUGACAGCCGGCAUAGGCUCGACGAGCUUAAGCCCCAGUGCGAGCUGCUGGAGGAGGCGCUAAAAAAGCUCGGGGGGACAGGCGCUGAUGCGCCAAGUCCCGUAACCAAAAGCAAGCCCUCCACAAGUGCACAUGUCCCAACUGCAGUGAUCACUGGGGAGCUUACCUGCAAUGGCAUGGAUUUGUCAAAACUUGCUGGAUUCCCUGAUUUUUAUCGGGCUUUCUGGCCACAAGCUAGGGCAGAAGUUGCGCAAGCCUUCGAUAUUCAGGAGUCGCAGGUGGAUGUUCGCGAAUGUGGCAACCAUUCCAUCGGCUCUAGCUUGAAACUUCGGGGUGACAAUCUGCCAAUGAAGAAGCAGAAGAUGGAGGAGAAGAUUCAUGCCUCGCUAUCGCGAGGCCUAAGCUUCAAUGGGCGUGAUGUGAGCAAUUGGUUGGCACAGUUCACGAAGCUACAGUCUCUGGUUCUUCACUCAAGGUUGGAUCGCCACAAAUUCCGUUCAGUUCCAUCAUGUUCUCAGCACGCCAGCUUUCACAACACAAUGGGCAACCCCGUGCCAACCAACUCAGAAAAGAACGAGCAGGUGAACGAAGCCGUGGAGAGGCAACAUGCAAGGGCGGUCUGGAUGGCAAUAUUAGGCAGGGGCGGAGGUGCCGCCUACACGUCGAUUUUCAGGCAGCAGGCUCAGGAUGCUCUGACUUGGGAGGUACAGGAAGAGAGAAAGAAGGCCAAAGACGAAGCAAAGGAGCAGACUGAGCAGGCGCAGAAGGCCGAAG